UAUUCCGCUCUAAUUGCGUUGAUUCAUUGUUGGUUUCAACAUUCAGGUGUCCAAAUUAUAAAUAUCACAACAAAACCACAGCUCAUGGCCAACUUCAACAACAAACGACUGUACUUUUGAGUGAAAGAAGCCUUACAGACAUCUAAUGCGCCAAAGGCCUGUUCACAGGCUAACAAGUGUUCAACAGAGGAAUAGUCCAACCGCCUACGAUUUUUUGAAACUUUACCAAGGAUUGGAAAAUGAGGAGAGAUGGUCAAUCCUUCGAGGAGAGAGCUAGAUUACUUCGUUCUGAAGAUCGACCUUAUCAGUCACUCGGCUCCGUGCAUCAUAACAAAUGCAAAGUCUACAAACGACGUUGGUACAUCUUGAUCGUUUUUUCGAUCGUUGCUUCAUUGAACAAUUUGAUUUGGAAUACAUGGGGACCCAUACAAGGUGCUGCCCAAGUAGUCUACGGCUGGGACUCUACGACUAUUACCCUUCUUGCAGACUGGGGACCCAUAUCAUUCGUGGUUGCCGUUGUACCCAUGUGUUGGCUUAUGGACAUGAAAGGUAAAUAAUCACAUGACGGUUUUCAUUCAUGGUUUCUUAAAAUUUUGGCGGCGGCUAUCGAUGCCCGUCACGUGGCAAGGUUUUCAUGCGGUAGGAUACCUGGUCACCGUCUGUGAUAUGAAAAAUAUUUCUUUUCAUUUGCUUUGACCCAUUAAUUAAUGACCGGGUGGGUCAAUGUUACAUAAAAGAGGCACUUUUGCAUUCAGCAGCCAUUUUUUGGAACAAGUACUUGUACUAUACCAAACUUGCGUACAAUUUUAUUCACUGUCACAUGUCUGGUACAUUACAUAGCAUGUCAUUGAUUUUACUUACUUUCUCAUCAAGUGUAACAAGAUCUCUGUGGAUUAAUCUUUGUGAUAUUGUGUUAAAUCUUGAAUCUGAUACCCCUCAGACUGUCAUGUGCUUAUUCGAUCAAGUUAUUGGUUAUAUAAGGCAUGCACUAGCUGAACAUCCUAUUUUUAGGAGGAUGAAGCUCUUAUCAUGUGGCAGGCAUGAAGUAAAGGAAAGUGUGAGUCACUGACUGGGGUUGAACUUGGACCUUGUGGAUAUAAGUCAGGUGUUGUAGCCAGUGAGGUGGGAAAGACCCAUAGUGACCUCCAAUAAUGUUUGAAAAAUGACAGCAAACAGAAGACAACCCUGUACAAAUAAAAGUACACAUUCCCAGCCAGUCCUCCAGCCAGACUACAUACAAUGCAGUUUUAUGAAGGAGGGAGGAGAUCAGUACAUUGAUUUCAUUAAAAUGACUGCACUACUUUUAAGAGUUACUCUAGAUUUACAGACAAUGUUACAAGCAUUGUACCAGUAGCUGAAGAACUUCGUCCACCAUGUUGUAUUCUGCUCACUAUAAUUGUACACAAGCUAUACUGUACUGUAUGUUGCAUGUGUAGGGCAAUCAGCAAUGUCAAGAAUGUCUGUUGUAAUGUUAAAUAAAAAAGUAGAUUUGUUAUUAUUAUUAGUAAUGUUAUUAUUGUUAUCAAGGUAAAAGAAAUGUUUAUGUGCUUUUCAUUUGUUUCUUAAUAGGCUUACGAAUAGCUGUCUUGGUUGCUGUUUUCUGUGAGUUUGUUGGAGCUGGUCUUCGCUGUAUACCACUGCAUGACCUUACCCUUCAAACCUGGUUCAUCCAUUGUGGGCAGUUUAUUACAGGAAUUGGAGGUCCAAUUGCCAUGGCAGCAGCGCCGAUGGUGUCUGCAGCAUGGUUUCCUCCUGAGCAGCGUACAACUGCCACUGCAAUCUCAUCUCUGGCUUGUUACAGUGGAACUGCACUGUCAUUUUUGAUUGGACCUUUUUUGGUACCUGAUGUGUUAAGUUAUGUUAAUAACACUGAACUGAGCAGUGCAACUAAAGAAGGAGAAAUCUCUUUCAUAGAACUGAGAAAGUAUUUCAACCAAACUGAGAGAGACUACUUGAAGAGUAAAAUCAUGAAUCUAAUGUAUAUUGAACUUGCUAUUACUACUGCGACAAUGAUUUGUGUAAUCAUCCACUUUCCUAAGAAGCCUAAGCUACCGCCAAGUGUCACAGCUGCCAUAGGACGCUUGGAAUUCAAAGUUGGUGCAAAGAGUUUGCUAAAAAAUGCUCAGUUUUGGCUGCUUGUGUUUAUUUAUGGCAUUGGAACAGGAGUAUACGGUGGCUGGUGUUCCAUUUUGGAUUUGAACCUUUCACAGUUUCAGAUUUCCCAAAAGACUGCUGGUUGGUUGGGAUUUGGAGCAGUAGUGGCUGGAUCUCUAUCAGGAAUUUCUUUGUCAAUGUAAGUGUCAUGAGAAAAUAAGUUAACCCUCUGUUUACCCUUUAAGCCUUAUUAUCUACAUACAAAUAAUCUCCAGACUGAUCCAUACAUUUCCGUAAAGAAUUAGUUAAGAGAAUAUGGUAAAAGAUCAAAGCAUUUUUACCCUGGUGAUCAUUUUAUAAAUUCUCAUAACCUCUGUUACUAAAGAUGUAUUGAUAUUGUAAGGAGAAAUUGAUGUUGGUCACUCUUGGGAUUUAAGGGUAAAACUGUCAAGCAUCUCUCAUUGGGUAUGACCAACUGAGUGCUCAAUGCAAGUUGACUGAUCAGAUAGUGGUGGUGAAGACGGCAAGAGUAACUUAAUCGGCAGUGAUUUUUUUACCUCUGUGUCCUGUGUCCUUGAUGCAUAAAAAUCCCCAAAGAUGCAAAAUAAUCAUGGCAUGCAUCCUGUAGGACGCAAAGAUUGGUCAAUCGAUCUGAAGAUGUGUUUUUCUGUCUUCAGAUUAACUGUCUAGGUACAUAAAAGCCCAAGCUUUUUCAGUUUAGGACUCACCAUAACUAUUUGUAGCAAAAUCACUGAAUGGGACAUAAAAAAGUGGCAGCCUCCCAAAAGUGAUGAAUAUCAAUUUCUAUUCUUUGAAAAAAAUUAGUGACAUGAGUCAAGAAAAUUUGUAUGUGUGUAUUGAGGCUUUAAGGGAUCACACUUUCAAUCGCCCCCAGCCCAAGUUAUGGCAGGGAUGAUUUGUGACCUUAAGCCCCAAAAUCCACAUGCAAAUUCUCCAGAUUAAUCUCCAUACAUUUCCUUAAAGAAUAGCAGAGAGAUUUUGACAAAAAAAUCAAGGGUUUUCUUGAUUGAGUUUUGAUGAAUUACAGUCAAAAAGAAAAUUCAUGUUAGUCACUCUUGGGUCUCAAGAGCUGGGUAAAAAAGGGGGUACUUGUAACAGUUUUUUCUGUUUAAUGGUAAAUACAACAAUAGUUAAGUUUUGACCUUAUGUGAUUUUCCUCCCCAAAAGUGGGAUUCAUAGUAUUAUACUACUACAUGAGAAAUUUCUGCAAUUUGAUUGGCUUAGAGCGGUGGUAUUUCAGCUUAAUUUGAAAUACCUACAUGUGAAAAUUACAACCUUUUGUGGGUAGUAGUAUAAACAAAUAAUAGCAUGAUUUGUACGUGACAUUUGGCAUAAAUACCACUUGUGAUAUUUCAAAAUUGUCUCAAAUUUCACUCGCCUAACGGCUCGUGAAAUUACGUAUAACAAUUUCGAAAUAUCACUCGUGGUAUUUAUGCCAAAUAUCACUACAAAUCAUGCUAUUACCUAUACAAAUCUUUGGUAGUGCCUUCAUCCCUCAAGAAAAAAAAGAAAUAUAUGACCCUUUCUGAACAAGUUCAAGGUCUUUACCAUGCAUUAUGGACAAGACCCAGUUGUUCAGCAGUUGGAUGGUACUAUUUACUGGAUAAAUUUAUCAUCCAGUGGAUAGGUAUUAGAAAAACCAAUUGCAUCAUCUUCUGGACAUAGGUUAAGUUAGUGGAUAACACUAUCCAUUCUUGAACUACCGGAGCCAAGCCAUGAAAUUUCAAACAUGUGUUGAAUAGCACUCUCCACUAGGCAAAUCAUAACUAGAGAUCAUUUAAUUUGUACUUAUUUGCCCAUGCAAAGAUUUCUGACCCCUAUACAAUUUGUUUUUCAGAUUUGUAGACCACUUUGCUCGUUACAUGAAGCUGACUGUCAUAGGACUGCUAACAGGUGCAACAGUGUCGCUCAUAAUAUUCACGCUGAUAUGUGCUGGCAUCCUUCCUUACUCAAAACCUCUCCUCUACCUCACAAGUAUCCUUGGAGGGUUCUUUGUCAAUGGAACCAUCCCGUUAUUCUUUGAGUUGGCGGUGGAAUCAACAUACCCUGUUGCCGAGGGAAUUACUUCUGGUUUUCUAACCUUUUCUAACAAUUUCCUGCAAAUUGUGUUCUACAUAUUCCCAAUGAUACCAAAUUUUGGGCUGAGAUGGAUAAAUUGGUGCACAUUUGCCACCACUUUUCUCUGUAUUCCUCUGCUGAUGUUAUGGAAACAGAGGCGUUACAGGUCAAAUGUCGACGAGAGGCCCGACACCUAUGUCCCUGCACCACACAACAGAGAGUUAAAUAGUGAAGCCAACUACGGCAGUGCAAGUACAACAGCAAAUAGUGGCUUUCACGGCUCUGUCUCAAGUCCUUCAAUACAAGCAAGUGUUGAUGAUGUUGGGAUCACUUUCAUGCCAUCCAAGGCCGUGUGAAAACAAAGUUUAUUUUCCGUAAUGUUCCCCACAAGAAGAGAAGGGAGAGGAUCUGUUUAAAAAUCAGUGCAUUUUAUCUCUAUCAAAUGCUUUGUUUAUUCUCCUAACUUCUAUUUUUGAUUAUUUUUAGAAUAUGAAAAAAUAUACCGGUGAAUAAGAAUUGUAUGUUGAUUUGUGUUAGAUCUUUGAGGGUAAAUGUAUCUUACAUGAGAUCAUUAACAAAUUUGUGGUACAGAAUUCACCAGCAAUAAGUUAUUCUGUUACAAGUUUGAUUCAAGAUAUGAUUUGACAAAACGUUUAUUAUUUUUAUUAUCUCCCAUCUCAAAUAUCAUGUGCUAAUGAUAUCAUUAUUAUUGAGCCCCUUUCCUUUUAAGAUGCGUCUAUGAAAAGACAUGAAAACAUUUUCUGAUCCGUUCCUGCCAUCUUGAAAUUAAUGAAUCCCCUUUGCAGUGAGAGAUUUAUAUUUAUACAUAUUUAAAGAAAGCCAAUGACCUAGCUAGUUUGUGAAAGCCAUUUUAGAAUAUAUUCUCAAUUUUAAGUUCUUGGUAACUAUUUCAUUCUUUCAAAAUGUUACUUUUUUUGUGUCAGAUUCUUAGUUAUCCAUUUAUUUCCCAUUAAAUCUUAAAAUAGUCUGAGAUUAACUAGAAAAUUGACUUUAUGGACAUCAUGUAAUAGAACAGCAGAUCUUUGGGAAAGGUUAAAACUGGCGUGUUUUCCAACAUUGCUUUGAAAAAUAUAUUUCUGCCACUCUUUUUCAACAAUGUCAACAAAAAUAUUUAAUAUUUAUGCUUUUACUAAUGAUAAUGUCUGGAGUGGUAAUCAAAACACUAUUAAAUGUUUGCAGUUUGUUUAUUUAAGCAAUAGAAAACCUUUUCCAUGUUUGCAUAGCAUGAUAUAAAAACAAGAGGGGUUGGGAGGAUUCGAGCCAGGUAUGCAAACCUGAGACGAAGUCAAGGGUUUGCAAAACUGUCAAGAAUUCUCCAACCCCUCGAGUGUUUAUAUCAGGCUAUGCAAAUACAGGAAAAAAGUUUUGUUUUGCUUUUAUAAAUUAACUUUCCUGAGAAAAAACACAAAAUUAAUGUUAUGGAACUGAUUGAAAGAGAAAUUCUCACCAGUUGUGAAGUCUUGUACAUGAAGUCUAGAACAUAAUCAGUUAUUGUUUUUCAAAAAAGAGGCUUUCCAAAAUAUGGAUUUUUCUCACCUAAAAUGUCAGCUUGAGUGAACAAAAAUCGAUACAGCAUGUUUAAAGAUUUUCCAAGUUUCAGCCGACAAGGGAAUGGGUAAAUAAAGAAAACUUGUCGAGUUUUCCACCAAAAAACUUUUUCAAAUUUGUGCUUGUGUUGAUGUGCAUGCAAAAAGCAAAACAUCUUGACGUCUCAACCAUGUUUACAUACUCACAUGCAAACACACCUCUCAGCCAAUCAGAGUGUGUGUACUAUCUUAGUUAUUUUAUAAGUUAAAUUAAUAUAUAAACAAUGUCAUGAACUAAAUCAGUCAUAAUCAAAGAGAAAAUGCGACUAGGAACUCACUAGUAUAAGCAAUGAAAUAUGUUUAAAUGGGG